GACCACGUUUAGGAAUCGUGCGCGCGACCUGAAGACAUGCCGCGUGGGCAACCCGAGCUGUUUGAGCCCUCUGCAACCAAACCACUGUGACAAGUCAGAUGCACACAAGCACACCCACACCACACAGAGCUCGUACACGUCGCUGACUCUGCUGCCAUGCCUCUUGUUGUCGCAUCCUGGGCCGAGGAGGAGGGUCUCUGCUCAGAGGUCAACGUCCGGACCUUGCCUUCGUGCUCACCCAAAGCCUUUCCCAUGCCCGGUCGUUGUCUCGUCUCUCCUUCUCUACGGCCAUGCCCUGCCCUGCCUCGUCCGCUCGUGUGUGCUCCGACCUUCCAGCAUCAACCGUUUCAAAUCACAUCACAGCGGGAUCUGGGCCGAGCUGUGGCACCUCCUCUUUUACCCGUCCAUUCCGUGUCUUCUAGAAGGCCUAACCCCCUGAUUAAGACUCGUUUUGCGCCGUUCUUGGGACAGCAUGGGUGGUCUCGGCCUCAAUGGGUCGUGGCGCAUGGGUCGUCUCCAUCUUUUCGUCGUCGGAUUGCAUCAGUGUCGGCUGGUUCAUAUUCUCUCGGGGUUCAUUUAUCUCGGGGGAUUAUUAAUUCCAGCUUUCCCCCCUUUUUCUCUUCUUUUUUUUUCUUUUUUUUCUUUUCUUUUUACGGUCCUAUCACAGUGCCUCACAGAUUCGUGUAUAGUUGCCAUCAGUCGACUACACUUGGCUCUCGCACUUGGAGCGAUGGAGGACGCGCGCGCGUCCUUUCUUGGCUUGACACUUGAUUCCAUCGAAUCCACCUAGAUGCACCCGGAGCUGGGCCCUCGAGCCAUGACUUGACCGCAUUUCUUCAGCAGCAUCGCUCGCUUGUCUGCCGGCUAGUUUCACCG